AGAUAAAAACAGAGAAACAUCUAUGUUCUUAAAACAGAGUAAAAACAGAGCAAAACCAGAGCUCCCCUGUUUUUAAUUCUCAAAUUGCUAUGAUUCAAAGUUUCAGUCGGAAUGAUCGCCGGGUUUUGAAGCUUCCGGCGGUUCACCCUUGUGAAGGUGUAUCCCCACAGACGCUUUUGAGCUCUUUGAUCACUCUCUCAAGCAGCAUAUGCAAUUACCAAUCCAAGUUCUUUGCUACACAGCGUCGAAAUGCCAGAGAAACAAUUCGUGAAAUCGGGAUUCUUCGUAUGUUUUUCGAGGAAAUUCAAGACCGGAGUUUAACAUUAUCUUAUUCCAGUGUGCUCUGCUUCUCUGAGCUCCACCUUACAUUCCAGAAAAUUCAGUUCUUAUUUGAAGAUUGCACGCGGGAAGGCGCUCGGCUUUGGAUGCUAAUGAAGUCCGAAUUUGUCACCACGCAAUUCCGGGUGCUUAUACGGGAGGUAGCAACAGCUCUUGAUGUUAUGCCGUUGAAUUUGAUCGAUGUUGGUGAGGAAGUGAAGGAAUUUGUUGAAUUAGUAGCUAAGCAAGCGUCGAAGGCCAAGUUUGAGCUCGACCCAGAUGACGAACAGAGAGCAAGACUAGUUCUUUCAAUAUUGAAUCAGUUUGAGAAGGGAAUUGAGCCAGAGUUUCAAGCUAUAAAGCAGGUUCUUGAUUAUCUUGGUAUUAAGAGAUGGAGUGAUUGCAACAACGAAGUCAAAUUCUUGGAAGAACAAAUUGGCUUCCAAUGCUCUGACUCCGAUGAGAAAGAGGUUCCAUUUCUAGGCAGCUUGGUGGGGUUCAUGAACUACUGCAGGGCAGUGGUGUUUGAAGAACUGGAUUAUCGAAACGCCAAUCAAAUGGUCAAUUCGGAGACGAUAGGUUGCUUGAAUCCUGAGGACUUUCGGUGUCCAGUUUCGCUGGAGCUAAUGAUUGAUCCAGUUACUGUAUCGACUGGUCAGACUUAUGAUCGUUGUUCAAUUCAGAAAUGGCUCAAAGCUGGAAAUAUGCUCUGUCCCAAAACAGGGAAGAGGCUAACAAACACGGAGUUGGUCCCCAAUACCUCACUCCGAAAGCUUAUCCAGCAGUUCUGCAAUGACAAAGGCAUUUCGCUUGCCAAGUCAAGAGGCCAGAGUCAUGACAUAACAAGGACUAUUGCACCGGCUAGUCCCGUGGCCGCGGAAGCUAUGAGGUUCCUUUCUAAAUUUCUUGCUAGAAAGCUGGUUUUUGGAACAAGUGAGCAGAAAAACAAGGCUGCUUAUGAGAUUCGUUUGCUUGCAAAAUCGAACAUUUUCAAUCGAUCUUGUUUGAUAGAAGCCUGCACAAUCCCGUCUUUACUAAACCUUUUGUCUUUGAACAACAUGUCAACCCAGGAGAAUGCUAUUUCAGCCUUGUUGAAGCUCUCAAAGCAUACUAUUGGCAAGAGAGAGAUAAUUGAAAAUGGGGGAUUGAGACUAAUUCUCGAGGUGCUUAAAAAAGGGCUGAGUUUAGAAGCGAAGCAGACAGCGGCUGCCACAUUGUUUUACCUUUCUUCAGUGAAGGAGUACAGGAAAUUGAUCGGAGAAGAACCUGAGGCAAUCCCAGGUUUAGUAGAGCUUAUCAAGGAAGGGACUAGUUGCGGAAAAAAGAAUGCUGUGGUUGCAAUUUUUGCUCUUCUUUUAUCACCCAAGAACAGUAAAAGAGUGCUUGAAGCUGGGACUGUUCCAUUGCUGAUUGAUAUUUUAGCUUCUUCAGACAAAGCCGAGCUUGUCACAGACACUUUAGCAGUUAUUGCAUCACUGGCUGAGAAUGCUGAGGGUGCAGUGGCUAUUCUUCAAACUUCUUCUUUGCCUCUAAUCACUAAAACUUUGCAGUGUUCCACAUCAAAGGCAGGGAAAGAGUAUUGCAUUUCAACUUUGCUAUCGUUGUGUACCAAUGGUGGAGUAGAGGCUGUUGCUGUUUUAGCCAAGGACCCUUCUCUAAUGGCUUCUUUGUAUGCAAAUUUAACAGAUGGAAACUCUCAUUCAAGCAAGAAAGCUCGCUCACUCAUGAAAAUUCUGCAUAAUUUUCAUGAGACAAGCACUUCUGAAUUGAUGGCUUCUGCAGUUCCACACGAACGAUCUGUUCACGUUUGGUAGAUUUAGUUAAAUUUUCCCAUAAAUUUUUCCUAUGCGUUCUUGUAAAUACACACAUCCAAUUCUGGUGUGAGAAUGUUUGAUUUAAUUCUUUUGGCUUUUCAUUUUAAAUGUAUGAAAUUAGCUCAGUUUUUUCAGAAGCUAAUUUCUAUGUCAGCCUUUGUUUUUAUACCAGGCAUACAUGUAAUCUUUGAUUCUUUGUAAUGAUAAAUAAAAUGGUGUGAGAAAAUUUAUGAGGAUUA